CGGAGAAAUGAGCAUGGCGAAGCUACCAGCGGACGCCCAGACGUCGUACGUGCGGCGGGAUGUGCUAAGCGGCCCUGACACAUCGAGGUCGACUUCGAAUGGCUACGUGGAGGGACUGCCCGCCAGCUGCCGCGUGUUCGAGGUGAGUGGAUGAACAAUGCCUAUUUGCAGUCAGGUCAUCGACUGGGGAUUGUGGUGUAUGUCCGUUUAUUCCGUAGGAUCAAUUCACAUCAGCGGUUGAUACUGACCUGCUGUGCUCCAUCUGCCGUGGCCUGGACCUCAAUCUCGUGCUGUCAGGCUGUGGCAACGAGCACCUGUUCUGCAAGCAGUGCAUCUGUGCAUGGCUGGAGCGGAACAAUACCUGCCCUAUCUGUCAGGCCAACAUCACAGCCGACGGCCUGCAGCGGCCGUCCCGCCUGAUACGGGGCAUCGUCAACCGCAUUGAGGUGGUCUGCAGCUGCCGCCAGUGGCAGGGGCACUUUGUGGAUCUCCCGCAGCACCUCAGGAGGUGCCGCAACAGACGAUUCCCAUGCAGGUGACCUGAGCGACGGGCUGUUCAUGCCACUGUCUGGCUGGCUUGCAUGCCUCUGUGUCUGUCUGCCUGUCUGUCUGUCUGUCUGUCUGUGUACAGGUACCGUCGUUAUGGUUGCCAGGAGGAGUUGACUGAGGAUGCUCUUGGCGAGCAUGAGCGUGUCGCGGCGCCCCACCAUCUCGGACUCCUGUCGGCGGCAUUGCAGAAGACCGAGGAGAGGGAGAGGCGAUACAGGGCUGAGAUUGAAUACCUCAGAAACACGGUAAGCAAAUACACAUACAUACAGACACACAGCACAGCAGGGGCAGAAACGGAGUAAUAGCCGCCGGCCGGCGUGUGUGUGAUAUGAUAUUUGUGCAGGUUGACAGGCUGAGUGAUGUGAUCUCUCGUGUGGCGCCCAUGGAGUCGUGUUUGGCCUUCGGUGAGCCGCUGCCGAAGGUCUACGCCAUCGGGCACGUCAGGGGCAGCACUGAGGAGCCGCUGCUCGAGUACUGGCACACGGACAAACGCCAGUGGGUGCAGGUCGGUAGAUACGAACGAAGACACCGAGGGAGGCAUCCUCAUGACUUACUUGUUGGUUUUGUCGACUUCCCUCCCUCCCUCCCGUCGUUGGUGCAGCUGUCGACGCUGCCGCAGGUGGACCCAUCGUGGCGUGACUUCGCUCUGCUGAUCCACCCACAUCUGCAGGACAGGGACAGCGGAGGGUCGCCAGGCCUGCUGCUCAUCGGUACGGAAAGGCCUGGCGGGCACAGACCGCUGUAUGAGUAUGUGUCCACAACACAUUCCAUUCAAUCAACAGGUGGUAGGCGCCAGCAAGAUGAGCGCCAGUCGUCGUCGGCCAGCAGCAGCUCCAGUGGCCUGGCCAUGGGCAUGCGGCGCAGGCGGAGCGCCGCGGGGCUGGGUGGCGGGGAGGCCUCAACCAACAUCUGCCUCAUGUAUGCCGUGGUCUCCAACCGGUGGCUGGAGAUGGCUCCCAUGUGUGUUGCCAGAGCAGCCCCGGUACGCUCGCCUCGCUGAGAUGAGUACAUUACUGCAGCCCGUUGGUUGCAAUCACCCCAGGCACCAUCACUCGUGUGUUUGUAUUCUCUCUGUCUUUUGUCAGGCUGUUGCAGAGUUGAAGGGUGACGUUUAUGUGUUUGGCGGGUGGAGCUGCUCAGAGCAGAAGCCCGUGACGUCUCUCGAGGUCUACAAGACCGCCAAGAACGUGUGGAACGUCAUGGGCAUCCCGCCUUUCGUCGGACAUGUCUUCUGCGCCGUCGGCUACCAGGGCAGGAUAUUUGUCCUCGCGAAGCCUCGUAAGCGACCCACUCACUCACUCACACACACACACACUACGCUCUCUGUUGAAAGGCUUCCGUUGUUGUCUGUCAGAUGAUGCAGUGGCCUUCCCCCAGUUCUUACCGCACUCACCCGAAAGUGCCCCGGCCCCCACCCCUCCUCGCCACCCCUUCUCCCUCCCCCGGGCGUCCUUCCCAUUCCCUGCACCACCAAGUCCAUUCGCCAACAGGGGGAAGGAGAAGGAUAACGGCCCCUGCCCCCCGUCCCAACCCACAGACCCAUCACACAGCGGAGACAAGAGAGAUGUGCCGCCGGCGAUCCCGCCGCCCCCGCCAGAGAGGCGUGGGAGUCUGCGGAUGCUGGCGAGUAGGAGGCAGACGGGCGGCGGUGGUGGUGACGAAGGGAGGGAGGACAUGGGUGGUGCCGGUGGUAGUGGGUCUGUGGUGCGGUGUGCGGCGCAGUGCUACUCGUUAGAUCCGGUGCGGGGGCUGCAGGAGUCAGGGUCGGGGUGGCAGCCGGUCGAGAUGUGCGGCUGCCAGGAUGCCACACAGGUAGGUAUUGUACCAACGGAGCGUAACACAAACAGCAGCAAUCAAUAUAUGUGAAUGACACUGCACGUGUGCAUCUUUCUCUCUCUGUGUUCGUGUGGGUGUGGUGUUCCAUCCAGUUGUGUGUGAUUGAGGGUCGGCUGUACGCCGAGUGCACUGCGGUCGACUCGGACACCCGGGAGAUCGGCCCUGCCGUGCAAAUGUACUCGGUCGAGACCAACAGGUCAGACCCACCCCAUCCCACCCACCACCACACACAGAUGCAGAUGCACAAGUACUGAGGAGGAAUAUUGACGCCCUCCCUCUCCCUUAUGCCGAGUCAGGUUCACGCUGUUGAGUCGUGUGUCGACAGGUGUGUUGGCGCCCAAGAUGGCCACCGUCCGACAAUGCGGACUGCCUCUGGAGGAAAAGCUCAGAUGGCUGGCAACUGUCGGUGGCGAGCGCGGGCACAAGCGGGCAGCCGUGUGGGUGUGAUCGGUGGGUGGGCAUCUGUGUCUAAGUGUGUACGUCUGUCGUGUGCUCUCUCUCUCUCUCUUGCGAGACAUUUUUUUCCUUAUUUGUGAGGGGUGAGUGGGACAUUGUCAUGCUGGUGUGAAAGCAUUCGUCUCGUG